UUUUUGUAAGGUAGACAACUCUAAGCACACACUAUUCAGCAAUUAGCAGCAACUUUCGCAACUUUUUAUUUUGUAAAAUGCAAUUUGAGGAAGCCACGAAUCAGUUUCAGACUCUGCUGUCAAGUAUUAGACAGUCAGAUAUAGAAAAAUUUCUUGUAUGGUCGAAACAGACAAUUAACGGUGUUCUAGAUGACUUGAGUGAAGGAGACAAUGCUGAUGUUGUUAUAAAUAGUAUAAGAGAAGGUAUCCGUCAGAGUUUGCCUCUAGAAGGAAUGACAGAAACUGAGCACAUUGUCAAACCUACACAUGGUCCAAAUGCAGAUUGCAAUCCUGCCACUACAGUACAUGUUGAUGCCUUCUUGUAUGAUGAAGAUACUAUAGACGAGAUGGUUGAGGAAGGAACAAUGUCCAGAAACUAUUGUGUUAAUUGUCUCUCAAAACAGGUCAAACCACUCACAUUUAUCACCCAUUCUGCAUCAUUGCCACAGAUCAAGUUUAUGUUCCAGUACUUGCUAGAAGAUUUAAGAAACAAGACAGUGUUAGAUGUUGGUUCUAGAACUGGUGCAGUUCUCUAUGGUGCAUACCUGUACAGUGAGGCAAGCUCUGUGAUUGGAGUAGAACUAGAUCCUACAUUCUGUCAGUUACAGAACAAUAUUAUACAACAGUAUGACAUGGCAGAUAGGAUCAAGAUAGUUCAUAGUGAUAUAAUGCAGCAAGCUGAACUUUUACAGACAAGUGAUGUUGUUAUUCUCAACAAUGUUUUUGAAUUCUUUAUGGAUGCCAAUCAACAAUUAAAAUUAUGGAAAAGUAUGAGUGACAACAUCCGGAAGAAGGAUACCAUAAUUAUAACAAUACCUGGUAUAGAGGAAUCAUUGUCAAGGAUUCAGGCACCAAUAGAUUUAGGUAGCUGGAUAAGACCCAUAGAUAUAAGUCAACUAAAGGAGCAGGCAGUGCUAAAAUAUUUUAAGGAUAUAGAAGAUUCUGACCUAGAUGACAUUCAUAUGUAUCAAGUUUUAUGAUAAAUAGAAACAUAUUA